AUGGCGGAUUUCCUGCCGUCCCGCUCCGUUUUAUCUGUAUGUUUUCCUAACUGUCUCCUCACAAGCGGCGAGGCAGAACAGUUACGGAAGUCUAAAGAGAUAGAUAAGUGUAUUAAUCGCGAUAAAACGUAUGUAAAAAGGUUAGUAAAGAUCUUAUUACUUGGGGCAGGCGAGAGCGGCAAGUCCACUUUCCUCAAGCAGAUGCGCAUUAUCCAUGGGCAGGACUUCGAUCAGAAGGCCAAAGAAGACUUCAGAGCCACGAUUUUUAGUAAUGUUAUAAAAGGUAUUCGCGUGUUGGUGGAUGCUCGAGAGAAGCUACACAUCCCAUGGGGCAGCCCGUCCAACCAGCGGCAUGGAGACACCAUGAUGGCAUUUGACACCCGGUCGGUGAUGGCCCACGGUCACGGCAUGGUGGAGCCCAAAGUUUUUCAGCACUACCUGCCGUCCAUCCGGGCCCUCUGGGCCGACCAGGGCAUCCAGAACGCCUAUGACCGCCGCCGAGAGUUCCAGCUGGGUGAGUCAGUCAAGUAUUUCCUGGACAAUUUGGAAAAGCUCGGACAGUCGGACUACCUCCCCAGCCAACAGGACAUCCUCCUGGCCAGAAAACCCACUAAGGGCAUCCAUGAAUACAACUUUGAGAUUAAAAACGUGCCCUUCAAGAUGGUGGACGUGGGCGGUCAGCGCUCUGAAAGGCGGCGCUGGUUCGAAUGCUUCGACUCAGUCACUUCCAUCCUCUUCCUCGUCUCCUCCUCUGAAUACGACCAGGUGCUGAUGGAGGACCGGCAGACCAACCGGCUCAGCGAGUCCCUCAACAUCUUUGAGACCAUCGUCAACAACCGGGUGUUCAGCAACGUCUCCAUCAUCCUGUUCCUGAACAAGACGGACCUGCUGGAGGAGAAGGUGAAGCAGGUCUCCAUUAAAGACUACUUCCCCGAGUUUUCGGGCGACCCCACGAGCCUGGCCGACGUCCAGCGCUUCCUGGUGGAAUGCUUUCGCAAAAAGCGCCGCGAGCAGCAGCAGAAGCCGCUGUAUCACCACUUCACCACAGCCAUCAACACUGAGAACAUCCGGCUGGUGUUCCGCGACGUCAAGGACACCAUCCUGCACGACAACCUCAAGCAGCUGAUGCUGCAGUGAGGGAACUGAGCAGGAGCAGGAGCAGGAGGAGGGAUGGAUGGAGGCAGAUGGAAAGUGGGUGUCCAGGUGCCUUUUUCUUGCCUGUAAGAGGAGAGGCCACUGCCCCUCCACCCGCCCAUCCUCCGUCCUUGACUUUUGAACUUUGACUGUGUAUUAAAGCCACCACUACUACCGCCAUUCCCCCACGCUUGCUCUCUGCCUUACUGAGCUCGUUCACUGUGACUUCUAACAGCCACCUUUGGCUCGGAGCCCCCCCCAACUGUAAAUGACCUCUAACCCCCACUCUGCCCCCCGUCCACACUCUGCAGUCAAUCUCUCUGACAUCUCCUCUGUGUGUUUCUCUAAUUCACAGCCACACACUCUUUUCUCUGCUGCUCUGACCACUGUUGCUAGGGAAGGAGAGGGGGAGGGCCUUGUUUUAAAUAGAUGUAACUGAGUACCCGUCAUCAGCGACUGUUGCCAGGUCUUGCCUUCCUUUUCAGAACUUCUUUUGUUUUGUCUCAUCUGCUCUCAACUGACACUUGGUGAUGACAUCACUGUGGGGAUUUCCUCUGUGGGCAGUGGAACUAAAGCCCAGUUCACACCAAAGAUUUGCGACGAGACAAGUUUAAACUUGCUUGCAAUGCACCAAUCUGCAACGCUCUAAAAAUCUGCCAAUGCAACAAGACUAGGUGGUGCACCAUCUCCAUGGCAACAACACUGUGUACUUUGUUCCAGCUUUUCAGGCUCAUUUUGUAGCUGAAUAUAAGCAUCUUAACAAUGCGAGUGAGGAUAGUGAGAGUGAGAUACUGGCUACAGCUGCACCUCCAGUAGGCCGCUGAAAAAAACAGAGAAAACAUAAAACAACCUAAACUUCUGAUGGAUUGUAAUUAUAGUAAAUAUACCACAGUAAUUUUAAUAACCAGCAGCGCUUUAUCAGUCAGUGAGCAUAUGUGUGUGCGUGUGUGUGUUUGUGACAUGCAGCACAUAUGGCGAGCAGCAGCAGUGACACACUGUAAGGACAGUGACCGGCAGCUGUGCAUACAGCUGCUGGGAUGUAAAUGAGGGUGUGACGGAGGAUACUAUUGUCAGAAAAUGCCGCUUCAAGACACCAGUUGCGGACAGAUAACUGACUUGACCAGUGGACUUCACUAAAAGCUGAUUGGCUGUUGAUACAGGUGAUGUGCCUUAAAACGCUUGUGUUGCCAGUAACGCCAUCAGCCAGUCUGAGUCAACCUGAGACCAGUCAGUUCACACUGCUGUAACUUUUCUUUGCGGUGUUCUGAAAUGGUUAGGUCUCAUCGUAAAUCAUUGGUCUGAACUGGGCUAAACACACACACACACACACAGAUGGGAAUUCCAGUUAAGUCCACUUAAUUCUAGGUUUCUAAUCAUUUCGUUUCUUUUUCUAAUAUAUGAAUAUACUGUAUGUACCUAUGCAUUUUCUUUAACUUAUAUUUUAUAGGGGUUUACACUUUUGUGGAUUUGCUGAUGGACUCUGUUACAGUUAACUGGAUACAUAGACCACUUGUAAAAUUUAACACCGUGCUAUGAGGGUAGCUAGCGCAGGGUUAAUAGUGACACGUUUUAUUUAGCUGUUUCUCAGGGCACAUUGUGAACCCCACAUCUCUGUGAUUUGAAGCCAAGCAGAACUCUCAUGCCAUCGCUCCCCCCCCCAAAAAAAAGACAGAUUUCAUGGUGUCUUUUUCUCAGUGUGUGCCAGCACAGACGACUUCUUAUGUUUCAAAAGCAGAACUCUGGCCAUCUUCAACCAGGACCAUAUUUUACCAAUCAACAAACAGUCCAAACCAUGAUCCCAUUUGAUCUGUAUCUAGAAGUUUUAUCUGGAUAAUGACAUCUGCAUUUUCCACCUGGUAUUAGAAGUCUUGGUGCUGUCUCUGAUCAAAUCAUGAUUGAAUUUCAAUAUGCCAUCCAGACCUGCAAGGAAGAAUAAACAGGUUAAAGCACCCAGUGCACCUUGGAGCUGAUGUGCACCAUGCCAGAACAUCAAGAGCCCAUUUCCACCAAAAACUUCCAUUAUAGUACCUUUAGAAUCAAAAGUAACCCUCACAGACAUGCACCUAGACCCUGGAUCUGUGAAAUGUGUCCAUCGCAGACAGUACGCUCACAUGUGGGCGGGAUAAUCAGUCACUCAUUUCUGUGUCCAGCAGCACUCACUGUAUAUCCUUGUUCACCAGUGAUAGAGAGUGAAGCCCGCACCUUGUUUGUCACAACAUUUUCAGAACAAAAAAGAGCAGGCUGGAGUGAGAGUCUCUCUCUAUGGGAUAUUUAUAAAUAGCAGGUUUGUGUAUUGACUCUUUGUCAGGCAAGUGUAGGGGUUUAGUGCUGCCUAUGCGCACAGGAACGACGUUCCGCCAUGUUUAUUUCUUUAAGUAAGCGAUUAGAAUAUUUAUGCAGUUCACAUAUUUCGGCUGCAAGUAAUAUAAUUUUUUAAAUGCUUGAAGAUCCCUCAUCACUAAAAAUGUGUGUCAUCCAAGAGAGACAAUAAAAACACAUGGACUGGUCAAAGUUGUCAUAUUGAAAUUUAAGGUGUGUUGAUGGAUUUAUGUCGUCAUCAAAUGCACUGAAUAACAUUACAAGUAAACGUUCCAUCUUAAAAGUUGCUGGUAGUUGGCCCAGAAAAUUUGACCCAGUCUACAGCUGCUGCUAGAGGAUGCAAACAUCCUUUCAUUUUAUAGUUAUAGUGUUGAUUCUCUACGACCAAUCAACAGACUGCAGUGUUUGUUGUCUUUGUUGACCCAGUCUUUGAGUACUGUAUCAGUGUGUGAGGCACCCUCAGCAGAGAGGCGAUGGAAAAUAGGACUGGUUCCAAAGGUACCAGUCACAACAUCCUAAAGUGGAAACAAAAAUAAUGCGUACCAAACUGAACUGAAUUGGGCUGCUUGGUAGAAAUGGGGCUUAGAAGGCGAAGAGCCACCUGUGGGUCAAACACUGUUGGUGCUAUGAUCCUCAGUGGCGCCCCCCACCCCCCCACCCCAUACCAUGAAUGUGGUGUGGCUCGUAACAUUGCGUUCCUACUGCCAUGUUCUCUGUGUGCAAUUGAUGUUUUUCCAAAACAAAAAACAUAACCCAGACACCCCCGACAUUUUCAUACCAAGGGCACACUGGGUCCAUGAUAAGUUUCUAUUGAACUUUUUUUUUCUUUUUUUUUUUAAAAAACAAAUCUUGCUUGCUUUGUCUUUAAUCCUGUUCGACCCCAAAAUGUAAAUGUGUCCAGUGUCUGUCUGCAUUACAGCGGUGGUGUAAAGCUGCAAGACACAGAUCUUUUCAAUCCUGCUGAAUCCAUUAUUUCCAAAAACAUUAAAGAUGAAUGGAGAUUAAAAAGAGAUUUCCAACGAUUAGUAAUGUGUGAAAAUACUGCACAAGAUGUUAGCUGAAAAACAUGAUGUCCUUGGCUUAAAAAUGUCUUCACGUGUAACCGUCAUGUACUAUUGUUGGCACUGUUGUGACAGUUGCACAGGUUUCAGUUUGAAAGCAUCUUAAGGGGGCUCUAUGAAAGUGAAAGAGUGAUGGACGCUGUGGUCCAGGUUGAAAAUGGCCAAAUGAUCAGUGAAGCCCUGUGGAGGCUUGGAAACUUCUUUUUCUACUUCUUCCUCCCAGUAGGAUUACCUCCUCAAGUGUUGUGUAUCAUACUGCGAGUACUGAGAGGGCUUGGUAUUUCUUUGUUGUCCCAGAUUAUUUUUAUUUUGUAAAAAGGUACAUGUUAGAGCUGUCUGUCUCUCCCUUCUUUGCACGCAUCCUAAGUUAAAAACAAAUGGGAUGCAGCCAGACCGUGUAUCUGCUGGCUGAUCUUACUGUGGUGUUCUGCUUCUGUACAGUUCACUUGAACUCCUCUCCUCAUGUUUAUCAGUAUGUAUUUCUCACACCCACCUCACUGUCAUCUCUAACAGCUCAUGUAACCCCCCACACACAUUUGUAUGUAUGACCAUGAGUGUUAUUUUAUUUGAACUUUUUUCGGAGGUGUUUAUGUCAAACAGAAGGCCUGGCUCAGGGUGUUUCGUCCCAUUACUCAGCUUCCUCCAGACGAGUUUUGGACCAUGAACACUAAAGUCCUGGCUCCACUGGUUCAUGCUAACACUUCAGCAUACAUAGAAGGCUAAACGUCAAGAUGAUAAAAAUGUAUCACACCAAUUUUCACUAGUAAUGAAGUUUUUUUUACUGAGCAGACUUCAAAUCAGUUUUACAGGAACAAUUUUAUUGAUCCCGUCUGAACAAACGGCAUAUUCUUGUGUUUGUGUUAGAACACAUUCUACAUAAUUUAGCCAAGCUUUUACUUUUUUACUCAUGUCUGUAUAGUUGUGUUGUGAAUGUUAAUGGCAGCUAAUUACUGAAGACUGAAUAACACCCUGUUUUAGCUUGAAUAUGCCCCAGUUACCCCCCCACCUGACUGAUCGCUCCAACCUUCCUCUGUCUCAUCUACACUGCACGCGGUAAAGCCUCUUUUUUAGUCUUCUGUCUCAGUUUUUAUCAGUGCAACUGUCCACACUGUAACUGUUUUACUACCAACCUAUGAAGCCUGUAGGCCCAGACACACCAAACCGAGAGCAAAGAAAGAGGACCGACUGACUCAUUGCCUCCUGUUGCUUUUGUCUCAGCCAAAACGUUGCACUCGAACACACUGCAAAGACUACAUCCAACAGCAGGUCCGCUCUGUGUCUGUGUCAGAGGUCAUUCAAAAGAGAAAACGGAAGACUGACAGAAAGGACUCAAGAUGCUAGUUAACACAUUAGCAAAACACCGGUGAAUAAUUAAAAGUAUUUCUGCUCAAUGGCCAAAAAAAAAAUCCUACCUAUGUAACAAGAUUGUUGGAUCUCGCUCUCUUUACCUCAGCUCUUUGUUUAUUUUCCUUACUUCCUGUCGUGUGCUGGGCUGAACUGCCAAUCAGAGUGAUUUCUCUCACCAGCGGGCUCUGACACUGACUCAGCAUACUGUCUGACUAGUGCCAACACUGGAAGACACAUCACAAAAUCUAGAGCAACUGACGCUCAUUGAUGUUCAUCAUCAGUCAACAGCAGACAGUCGGCCUGGUGUGUCAGGGCCUCAUGGGAGUAUAAGGCCAGUUUCUUACGAGAACUACUAAACUUAAGUCUGUCCUUUGCGUUUUUUAAAAAAAGAGCCAUGUGAAUAUGAUAACAUUGUGAGAAUGAUCCUCAUGCACACGGAUGCACAAAAACAGUGAAAUGCUGUAGUGUGCAUGCCAGGCCAGUAGUUGGUGGUUUAACUUUGUAAUGUCACACCAUAGAAGAAGACCAAGUGUGGGUGUGAUGUCAUCAUGCUCACAGGAUCCGUACCUUUCCAGUUUACACAGUGACAGAAGGGGCGGCGUUUUCAAAAGAUUACACUCUGGAACCCGGAGUCCAUAGUUUGCGUUUUCAUGACCGUUGCCGUGUCAUUGUAAAGUGAAAACAAGAAACUAUAUGAUAAUCACCAGAAAAAAGAAAAAAAAAGGUUUUGCUCAUGUCCCCCAAGGGUCUCCAUAAAGACCCAGGUAUUCGCAGUCCCAUGCUCUUCACUAAUUACAACUGUAAGCAAGACUUGAUACAUUGAGAGAUACAAAUCAAGCCACUUGUGUCCCCGAGCUGUAUCAGCUCAGUCCUUCCUGUCCCCCAGACUAACAAGGUGCCCUCUGUCCCUCAACAUGUGUGUUAGCAUGGAGCAGCGGAGUCACGUGGCUAAUUUUGGUGUGUGUGUUCCAAACUCUGAAAGAGGAAGUUGACCAACAAGAGCAUCUAGCUGCAGCUCAGUGAAUAACAAACUGUGUGGAGCCAGUCAGCCUGAUUCCCUCUCUGUCAGUGUGUCCGCAUCUGAACGAAGCUGUGUGUGAGACACAAACACACUGCGUCCUGUCUGCUGCUGCUCAGACAGCCGGAGGCUGAAAGCCCAGCAGAGUCUGGAUCCAGACUGUUGUGUCAUGUAAUGACUUGAGGCCAGAAGAAAGCCUGUUGUUGCACAAACAAAGAGACACCAUGAAGUCAUAGCAGAACAAGCCGGCUCCCUGACACGGCCUUUGUCCACUCUGUACAAAUUAGUGCUGAUGUCCCUCAUGCUGUCAGACUGUCUUAGCUCUGUAGCCUCUGUGAUGUCACAUUUCACUGUCGUUUAAGAUCAGGGCUCCGAAUUCAGGCCCAGGCUUUCAGAGUUAACUUGUAGGAGUCACAUCUUUCCAUAACACGUGCUAAACUGUCUCUCUUUUCUGAUGGAUGCAGAAAACUAAGUGGACUAAAUAAGAUAUGAGUUGUGAGGUUUAUCAGAAAUCUGAGGAAAAACUUUGAAUUUGGUGAUCCAUUUCAAAAUGUGAAUCUACUCCAGGAAGAAAGAAAAAUGGAUUAAAGUAUGGAAGUUCAUUUGGAACCUACUGAAACAGAAUGUGUAAAAACAACCAAAAAACAAAUCUAAGCUAAAAGGCACACUCUGCAGUCUCUUGAGGAUUUCGCAGGAGGUUUAGGGGUUUUAUGUCCUAAUGUUCCUGAUUUCACCUUCCUGAUCUGUUUGGAGACCAAUAACAAGGAAAAGAAAUGUGACAUUAUAUUAAAGAAAUGUCAGUCAGCGUCAGGUAUUGUGUGCUUUCAAAUCAUGUGGAAGGAUAUGAUGAUAAAGACUUGGUGGGUUACAGUGUGGUUUAGUGGACUGUUGACUCCAGCAGAGGUGGCAUCAAAGUUUGGCUGGUCCAAUGCUGUCGCUGACUCGGGACUUUGACAGAAACAGGGACGUGAGUUUGGAAACGUUGUGCAGGGGCUUGCUAUAAUUGGUGAAACUACAAUGAUUGGUCAAAUUUGAGGAAAAUUGUAGGUGAUUGGAUAAAGUUGCAAGGUUGUGCAGAAUAGACGAGGGUUAGUUUAAUUUUGCAUUAAUUGUUGCAAUCGCAGCAUCCUGCAGGGACUGAAUUACAUGCAUUUUGGAGCUCUUGGUCUCCCUCGGUGAUUGGAGUGUGCACAGGAUCGCAGUCAGCUUUAACGCCAAAGACCGUCUGUUGACAGAGAUCUAUGUCUGUCAUGGGACCAGAGUAACUCCUGAGCCGGCUCCGAUCACUGAUUAAGACCCAGAGAUGUGUUUGAAAGCUACAAAAAGCAGUUACGUUUUCAUUUGAGUUUUUUUUUUUUUUUU